CUUCGCAACGCCGGCUGACCGCGUGGACCGACGGCUGCCGCGGCUGUGUGUGCGUGUGUGUCGUCUGCUUCUCGCCUCUCGUGAUCUUGUCGUCUGCUACACGCCGGUGCCUACCGCUGUCACUGCCGCUACUGCUUCUGCUGCGGCUUUUGUUGCAGCCUUGUUCUUUUUCUUUCUCGUGUCGUGAAGAAUUAAGUGGUCACUCUCCGCGGCGCCCCUUUCGCAACCCUUUCGAGGUCCCCGUCACUUGCCCGCACUGCCCGCGUUCUUUCUGAGCCCUGUUUCAAAGGUGUCCCACACGGUCAACCUGCCGUGAGUGUUUGUUACGCUGUUGCAACUCGAGCGGGGACUAGCGACGUGCUGUUUUGGUGUCGUCAGCGGCUCGUUGGCUGGCUUUUCUGGCUAGCUAGUCUGUCUUGUGAGAGCGGACUUUUGGAGUGAAGACUGUUCGUCUUUUGGUGUGAGCCGCCUGUCUACCUGCUUGCGGGUCUUCUAUCUUCGCUUCAGUGCAACGUUUUCUUCUCGGCAGUCUCACAGCGGGGCCAAAAUUUGGAUAUGACGCACAUCGAUUGCUGUUUCUGAUCGUUGUGGAAGAAGUCUACAUGGAGUCGUACGAGGUGGGCGGUGGUGCGGCCAACGGGCUGCCGGCGGCGGGCCUGGUGCCCGGCGUGGUGCCGUCCGGUCCUGUCCUGGACCACAGCGCCCAGAAGGACAGACGUCUGCUGGCGCAGCAAGGGUCGCUGGGCAAGCGCCGCAAGCCGUCCAGGGGAAGUCUUCACGCGUUCCUGUCGGCCCUGCACCGCUGGGCGCCCGGCGACAGCGGAGAGGCUACGUCGGAAGCAGCGACCGCAGUAACCGCCGCCGACGAGGGGGUGUCUGCACCGCUGCCCUCAGCACGCAGCGCACCGUCCGGAAGGCCGUCGGCUCGCAGUAGCCCGCCUCCCUUGACCACAGAUAUAGAUAACGUAAACGAAGCAGAUAGCAAACCGAAGCCUUAUCGAACGAACCAACAACCAACCGAGAUCAACAACAACAAAAACAUCACAAACAAGAACAGCGUCCAAGGCGAGACCAACAAGUCCGGCGUCCGGUUCAUCGCGGACUCUGAGCGCCCGGCGUCCGCCGGGGCUCACUUGGAGGCGUCCAAGAAGUCCGAGGUGGUCCGCCCAGGCGUCGGCGGGACCAUCUUGGGACACCGGCGGCAGUCGAGUCUGGACUCGGGCUGCAGUCUUGACAUGUCCUCGUCCUCGUCGUCUUCAGGCAAGGGUUCACCAGACCCCGUAGCGCCGACGCUCACGCCGCCGCCGGAGUUCGCCGACACGCCCAUCAUGGAGAGGAGGCGUCGGUCGAGGAGGAGGCACACCUCCGGUGCCUCGGCCACGGGCGCUGCUCCCGGAACCACAACAGGGUCACCGGGAGUCGGAACGUACAGCGCCGCACCCAAGGUACCGGACUCCCUUCCGCGCAUACCACGCUCCAAGGAGACCAGCGCGAGCACCGCACCGCAACCGUCGUCACCGGAGAUCCACAUCAAUUUCCGGAUCCUGCCCAGGGCCAAGGCUCGCGGCGCCACCAACGCCUCGGGCCCGUCGUCGGUGUUUCGGUCCGAAAGCUGCCGUCCUUUUAGCCAGAGUGCUGACGGCGGCGCGUCCCCGCCGGCUUUCAAGUGCAUGUCCUGGGACCGGCACCUGCUGUCCUCGCCGUCGGACCGCUACCUAGACGACUCCGAGAGGCGCUGCCGGUCGCUCUCUCGUCCCGGUCGACUUCCGUUCUCCGCUCACGGGGAGACCGGCAAUAAGGACCCCGAGUGGCUCGAGAUAGCGCGACGCCGCCAGGCCACGGGAGUCGACUGGGAUAACCUCGAGACUCACAUGAAGCAGCCGCAGAGCAUCUCGUGCAGCAACCUGUCCGAGAGCCACAUGCGAGGCAAGGUGUCCACCCUGGCAUCCGCGGACCGGGCCGGUCUGCGCCUGGUGCGAUCGGCCAGUGCCCUCUACCCGCGCAUCAAGAUGUCGCGCUACGAGCGGCGCAUGCGAAAGGAAAAUCCGAAUCCAUCUCCCGAGCGACGUCGCUCCUCGGACGAGUUCGUGCUGGUGUCCUCGUCGUCCUCGUCGUCGGACGCCGCGUCGGCGGGCGCCAGUUCCACCGAGGACGAGAAGCCGAGCUUCCUCAACGUCCAGCUGCGCCACGUGGAGAAGGCCCCGCCGCUCAACGUGGUUUUCCAGACGCGCGGAGGCGGCGGCGGGGGGGUCGGCGGCGCUGUUGCCGCGGAGCCUGCGCCCCCCGCCCCCCGCUCCGCGUCGCCCACGCUGACGUGGAAGAGCCACCGCGAGGACAACGUGGCCGCCACCACGCCGUCGCCCACGAGGCUGGACAGACACGCCGCCGCGUCGGCCAGGUCUGAAAGAGCGGCCACCGCGGGCGCCGCCCGGACCAGAACCGUGUCGGAGUCGCUGGGUGUAGCCGAGUACCUGACGCCGAAGCGCGUCGAGCUCAUCGAAGCUCCGGCGCCGGCCGCCAAGAAGGACGCCGGUGGCCAUGCACGUGGGAGCCCUACCCGGACCGCUCUGUCCGAUCACAUUCCGCGAGGUGGCGUCAGGGGCGGUCCCCCGCUGCGACGGAGCUCGAGCGUCCAGAUGCGCAGCCGCGAUACCAUGUCGGCGGGCCGGGCCUCGCCCUGGGACACGACAGACUCGGCCGUCACGCCGUCGUGGAUCCUCGAGGCAGAGCGAAAGAAGAAGAGCGGCAUAGACUGGGCUCGCCUAGACAAGUCUCUGUCCCAGUCCGGUGGCAAGCGGGCGACAAACCUGUCCAGCGAAUGUCUUCACCAGCCGACUUCGGCCACCGAAGUAGUGCCUGACUGGCUGAAGGAGAUUCGAAGGAAGAAACAGGAGGACGCCUCCAUCAGGCUCUCGAGGAGUUCAGAUGACCUUCCGUGUGCGGUGUUGCUGGAAAGCCUCAGCGGCGGCGGCGGCGGCGGUGGCCCGCGGGCGCCGAGCAGCCGCCGGGACGACUCGGUCGGCUGGCCCGAGAACCUCAGCGUGUUGCUGGACGAAAUCUUCAGCGAGGCCGAGGAGUCGUGCACUACUCCCUUCCCGGCACUGGUGCCCUCUUGUGAACCGGCGGUCGCGGCGGAGGCGCAGCAGCAGCAGCAGCAGCAGCAGCAGCAGGAGGACGAGAGAGGCGACGCCGAGAUCUACGUCAACGUCCCCCUCAGGGUUGCCCGGCCAGUCGAAGACCAAGACGCGGAAGAAGUUGCUCGCGACGAAGGCGCGUCGAAGUCGCCCGUCGAAGUCGCCGAGUGCUCCGAGACCACAGACUUGCAGACGGUUGCAGACGACGUGAGCCAAGCCGUCGCCAACACUGCCGCGACCGCUGCCAGCGCUACGGGUAGCUCGGUCGCCGCCGCGGUCGCGGCCGUACACGCCGUCAGCAUGCACUCGCCCAAGCAGGCGCUCAUGGAGGAGCUCAAGCAUGUGCUCCAGAAGCGCUACACCAUGGAGGUCCUCAGAGAGGAUAUUCUGAACGAAGCUAACGUUAUCGACAGUGCCACACCGCGUCCUCAGACCAGGAGCCCAACAGAAGCCUCCAGGAAAACGCCACCGACCGCUGCCCAGAGAUCAAUCGAACAGCAACCGUCCAGCACGGCGAUCAGCGGCGCUUCUUCCAUUCCGCCGCCGCCUCCUAUGCCUCCGAGCGACUUCUGGUCGAAGCCCAAAGAAGUGUGGUUCCAGCAGGAGCUGCAGAAGCCUGGCGACGGCCGCUUAGUCGCUCCCGUCUGCCAGCGGGACAGCGAGACGCAGACCCACACCGUGGACUACGGUGUCCAGGUGGCGUCACCCGUACAGGCGUUCAGCCCUGGCUCCAUGCUGCACGCGAUGGCUCCCUUCGCGACCUACACGCGGCCUUUCGUUGCUCCCGGAGGCAACCAGGUGCUUCUCCUCGACGACCGCGGGGUGCAGCUUCAGUCCGGACCGCUGUACGCGAUGCCCAUAUACGCAGGGACGACGCCGACCUCGACUUCCGAUGGCGCGGUACCACUGCCGCCAACGCCGGCGGCGGCUGCGGCGACCGGAGUGUUCCCAGCGACUCCAACCAUAUUCGUGGCCCGGGACGACGACCGCGUCACCAAGAGGGUUGCCAUGGAGUCCAAGUCGACCUCCACCGACGCGUACUUCGCACCCACCCCGAGCCCAGCAUCCGCGGCCUCCGGUACGACGGGUGGUGGGGACACCAAGAGCCUUCUCGACGAGGUCGAGAAAAAGCUGGAGGAGGACAGGAAGCCUCCGGAUGAAAUCCAUCCUCGAACGACGACGCCUGCCGCAGGGGGCGUGUCCAAGAUCACUACGGUCGAGACGAUGACCAUCAUGGAGACGUUGCAGUCUACGACGGUGUCCAGGCGCUCCAUCGACGAGACGUCUCUCAAGUCGGUGUGCGCUCGUUCCGAGAAAGAGGACGUCCUGUCAGGCCUGUCCGAGUCUCCGAUACCUUUCGCCGACGACGACGACGCGAUGGAGGAGCUCGGAUUCUCGUCCCGGGUCGAGUCCAGGUCCGCUUCCCGAGCUGAAGAAAAGGCUGAAGCGGUGAGCGACGAAAAGGUCACCAUGUACUCGUCCAGUAGGAAGCCUUCGGUGCCUCACACAGAACCAAACGAACCGACCCAGUUGCGCGACGUCAGAUCGCCGCCAUUUUCAAAGCAGGUUAACGGUGAACAAACAACACCAAAGGCGGCUUCCCCGCCUCAAGUUUCAUCGCCGCCUCGAGUUUCAUCUCCGCCGCGAGCGUUCACCCCACCUCGGGCUGCGACUCCUCCACAUUCGUCGACGAAGCGUCCCAUGCUGAACGGCCAUCGCAGUCCACCUCACAGUCCACCUCGCAGUCCACCUCUCGAGACGUCCUUCGAUGUCGUAGACAGAGGUUUCCACACCGAGCCCCUUAAGAAGAGGACCCCGAACGGAGUUACCGUCUUGUCCGGCUCCAAGGGGGAGUCUGUCACUUCAAAGUUCCAGAGGCCGUCCUGCAUCAGUCCUGCCAGCUCUACAGUCACAACAGGUCCCGACGGAACGCUCAGGGGAGCCCACGCAAGAGCCGCGGCUCAAACCCUGGCCUCUGCCACGAAAGAAUACUGCAACGGCGACGUCCGCAGACCCCUGGGGCCGUUCAAGGCGACCAAGUCCAUGAGCGACUCCAACCUGGGCGCCAGGACGAGACCCACGAAGAAGCCCAUGGCGUCGCAGGCCACGCAGACUCCCAACGGCGUGAUUCCGACUUUCGAGAGGCGCGGUGAGGGUGGCUUCGGGGGCCGAGCCAUGGGCGUGCAGACCGACGACCGGAUCGAGUCGUUCCUCAGGGACACGCUGCGCAGCUCGACCAAGGAGGUGGAGUUCGUCACCAAGGUCGACAGCAGCCAGCCGUCCAAGACCUUGAGGAAGAAGGUCACCACCAAGAUCCUUCGCGGCACAAGCGGCAAGGCCGGAGGUGUGCGAGAGAUCAUCGAGGAGAUCUACGAUCAGUCGUCGUCGGUGGUGGUUCGUCCCAGCACGGCCAUCAAGAAUGUGACGCGUAGCGUGCAACAAACCAGCGAUGGCCAGAAGUACCUGACCACGGUCAUCACGGAGGCACCGCCCACAGGACGCUCGAGGAGGAACCGUAGGAGGGGAUUCGGCGAUCCUGAUACGCAUAUCAUCAUGGUAUGACCUCUCCCAGGAGACAGCGUCACACAAGACUACAGUCAGCUCUCCCACGCGUCAUGACUAAGUCAUAUAUGUAGGCAUCUGAGGUGGCCAUCGGAAUGGGCUCACCGCGGCUCCACGACCACGUGACCUCCAAGCGGGCUCUUGUUUCUGUUCCCCCUGCUUUCCGAAAAACUUUGUGAAGUGAGCUGCAUUGUCAUUUUUCUGCCCUGUUUUCAACGUAUGCGCCUUGACCUCGUUUGGAAGGUGCGUCUGAAGACUGAGUGCUGACUGGAUACCACAUAACGUCCAGUGAGUUGUGCAUUGCUUAGCACUGGAGCGAAAUAGUGUAUUUCUAGCCAGCGACGCCGUCUGUGUAAAACAACAGACACUGCCAUGGGUGUAAUGACCCUGACAAAGGCUUCGAUCGAUCUUGAUAUCGUAAUCCCUCACAUUCCAGCGAUUGUGACAAAUAGCUGACAGGCGGUAUACUACAAAGUGUUGGGUCUACGACGUCCCCAGAUCUUGAGCAAUGUUCUCGAGGCAGCCGUACUCAAGACACUCGUUUAGCGUGUGUUCUUGAACGUCCAUCUUCGUUUUAUACGUAUCUCAGUCCUACAAAUCAGGAUGGAAGAACCCUGUGGCAUGCGCACAUGCUGUAGCCACAUCAAUGAGUUUGAACUGCGCGCCAUGUUUGAAUGUGUGCAGCUUCUACCGACGUUCAGCAGGCGGCGCUGCCAGUCAACGAAGAGAAAGCGGUCUGAUGCAUGUGCCUCUUGCGGGCACGGGGUUAGGCAUGGUUGAAAGGGUAGCUGGGGAUUGGGUUCCCCUCCCCCAUCUCUUAUAAACAAACAUGUAAGUUCAAGUGGUCUGACAAGACGCUCUAGUGCCCCACUCCCUUUGGUAAACAAUAGCAACUUGUUAGAUGCAGAAAACGGACUGCUACAGGCCGUUAGCUGUCUGUCCAGUUCAACUGGCCGCUUAUUCUUACCGGUGCCUCUGUUUGCUUUUCGAGAAUCGUCGAUCCAAUCGGCCUACUCGAAAUUUCAUGCGCUGAAUCCGAUUUAGCUAGUUUUUAUUAGUUCUUCUUUUUCUUUUUUUGCUUUUCUGUCGUUGAACAAACUGUUUGGUUCUGUAGUUUUGAUUUGUGUUCUUUGUCUGUCGUGUGGGCAUAGCGUAUCACUGCCGACGUCACGUAUAGAACAUUUUUUUCUCGAGAGCUGCACUGUCAUCAUGCUUUUGUUUUUUCUUACGCUUCCCAGACAGAGCUGUGAAAUUAACUGGUUGUGGUUCUAUGUCCACUGCAUUCGGGCACAUUAGAUGUGGACCCGGCCUCUAGCGCUUUAGUGAGCCCGUAUAUGUCGCGUGUGAAUUAUCUUCUCUGUGUACAUAGGUGUAAAUUAUGAUUAUAGGAAGUAAUAUAUGCCUGUUUUUUUAAAACUCCUUUUCUUGCUUUUAGGUAUGAAAUUUGUUCACUACCUUUUCUUCCUUUUAUUUCUAUCAGUCUUCUUUUAGUGCAUUCGUUCUCCCCAUUAUGCUCCGGAAAGCUGUUUAACCAGAGCCCUUUGUCUGCAAUACGUCUUUGUAGCGCUGUUUAAUAAUUACCCGCGUUUUGAGGCGCCUUCUUCCUUCAGCAGAGAUUAAAAGGGCGAGCGGAGUGUUGGGUCGUCGGCUCCUUUCAUUACCGGCUCGUUCAAGCGUACAGAGGAGUCUUUGCUGCGCUGUGCUGGUUGCUCAGAUGAAAGUACGAAGAAUAAAUGCGUUAUUCUAUGUGAA